GAUUGUAACCUUGGAUAUUACGGAAUAAACUGUCAAUAUUCAUGUCCAGCUACAUGUAGCCAGAAACGAUGUAACCAUGUCAAUGGAGCAUGUGAAAGUUGUGUGUCUGGUUAUCAAGGAGAUAUGUGUCAGCAAGGUAUUUUGGAAAUUUUCAAUUCCAUCGCACGGCGUGCUAAGCUUAUAUUGACCAUUAGCAUACUGGAACAGGACAGUGUUAUCAAUCAGGCUGAUUAAGCUGAAGUCUAGGGGCCCAGCAUCAGCAGGGUCACGUGCAACUUAUAGCAUUGGCAUGGUAAUGCUGCGAAAUCGAACAUUCCAAAUUUAGGAUGCGGCAAUAAAAAGCACGAAAUGUUGCAGACAAUGGUUCUUUUUGAAUAUUUGUUUAUGUCAACUAGCGUUAAUCUUAGUAACGAAACUCAAUUUUAUUAUUAUGCCUAUGUUGUUUUUCGUUAAAUUGGUUAUUUUUUGUAAAAAUAACUUUUCUCUUAUCUUGACAGUCUGUAGCCCUAAGAAAUUCGGACUCAACUGUCAAAAUGAUUGUCCAAUAAAUUGUAAAAACCAACUUUGUAACCGUGAGAUUGGUUCUUGUUCCAGUUGUGAACCUGGGUAUCAAGGCAUAAAGUGUGACCAAGGUUUGUUGGAAAAUAUCAAUUUUAUCGCUCGGCUUAAUGUGUUGUUCUUGUUUAAUGAUCUUUAUGAUUCGGAUAAAAGAUUUUAAUAGAUUAAAAAAUAUCUCUAUAUGCUUUUAAUUAUGUAACGCGUCAAAAUUAAAAUAUACUGGUGUCUAUUUCUUUUUUAAAUUUGUCAUUUUGUGUUUUGUUGGUACAGAUUGUAACCUUGGGAGAUACGGAAUGAAUUGCCAAUAUUCAUGUCCAGGAAAAUGUAGCAACAAACGAUGUAACCAUGUCAGUGGAUCA